GAACGGAGGGGCGGAGUCCCAUGAUCCGGAAGUGACUCUAAAGUCUCUUCCGGUCCUGCUCACGUUGUUUUUGGUAGCGUCAACGCAGGGAUGAAGCCGAUCCUGCUGCAGGGCCAUGAGCGGUCCAUCACGCAGAUUAAGUACAACCGCGAGGGAGACCUCCUGUUCACUGUGGCCAAGGACCCUAUUGUCAAUGUAUGGUACUCCGUGAAUGGUGAGAGGCUGGGCACCUACAUGGGCCAUACUGGAGCUGUAUGGUGUGUAGAUGCCGACUGGGACACCAAGCAUGUCCUCACUGGCUCAGCUGACAACAGUUGUCGUCUCUGGGACUGUGAAACAGGGAAGCAGCUGGCCCUACUCAAGACCAAUUCAGCUGUCCGGACCUGUGGCUUUGACUUCGGGGGCAACAUCAUCAUGUUCUCCACGGACAAGCAGAUGGGCUACCAGUGCUUCGUGAGCUUCUUUGACCUGCGGGAUCCCAGCCAAAUUGACAGCAAUGAGCCCUACAUGAAGAUCCCUUGCAGUGAUUCCAAGAUCACCAGUGCUGUUUGGGGACCUCUGGGGGAGUGCAUCAUCGCGGGCCAUGAGAACGGAGAGCUCAAUCAGUAUAGUGCCAAGUCUGGAGAGGUAUUGGUGAAUGUUAAGGAACACUCCCGGCAGAUCAAUGACAUCCAGUUAUCCAGGGACAUGACCAUGUUUGUCACUGCAUCCAAGGACAAUACAGCCAAGCUCUUUGACUCCACAACCCUUGAACAUCAGAAGACUUUCCGGACAGAACGUCCCGUCAACUCAGCUGCCCUGUCUCCCAACUAUGACCAUGUGGUGCUGGGCGGUGGUCAGGAAGCCAUGGAUGUAACCACCACCUCCACCAGGAUUGGCAAGUUCGAGGCCAGGUUCUUCCACUUGGCCAUUGAGGAAGAGUUUGGAAGAAUCAAGGGUCACUUCGGACCUAUCAACAGUGUUGCCUUCCAUCCUGAUGGCAAGAGCUACAGCAGCGGUGGAGAAGAUGGUUAUGUCCGCAUCCACUACUUCGACCCACAGUACUUUGAAUUUGAGUUUGAGAUUUAAGAAGUUGGAUCUCCAUCCUGGCCAGGGAAAAGUUUCCAGGCCAGGGCUCACAGAAAGUUUUGGACUCUGAGAAAUAAUAAAUUAGUUUGGAAAUAAA